AAUCAGCGGUCACACUGAUUGGCACGCAAACGGCGCUAAAAUUAUUCACGUUCUCAGAAAAACACGCUUUUGUAUUUGUUUAUUAAAUAGGUAGCGUGCAGAAUGAGUGAAACAGAUUCUAGAGAGGAUCUGAAACGCAGCGCACCAGCGGAGGAAGAUGAGGCGACUGCAGAAACAGCAGAAGAGAACGAUGCCGAUGGUGAGGACUCAGGCUGGAUUGGGCCAAUGCCUUCGGAACAAACUGCUGUGCCGGCCAAGAAAAAGAAAGUGCUUCCGUACGAACACAUCUUCCUGGAGAACCUGCCCAACGCCGAGAGCUAUGAAAGGAGCUACAUGCACAGGGACGUGAUCUCGCAUUUAGUGUGCACCAAGACGGAUUUUGUGGUCACCGCCAGCUUGGAUGGGCACAUCAAGUUCUGGAAGAAGGGAGAGCUGGGCAUCGAGUUCGUAAAGCACUUUAGAAGUCAUUUGGUUCCAAUCAAGUCGUUGUCUACAAAUGCUAGUGGCACAUUGCUCUGCUCUGCGGCGACCGAUCAAACAGCCAAGGUAUUCGACGUGGUGAACUUUGACAUGAUUAAUAUCAUCCGACUGGGCUACACACCCCAAUGUACCGAAUGGAUAAGCGCUCCCGGGGAUGCCGUCCAGGGACUGGCCAUCACGGACUCUGAGAGCAACUUUAUACACAUUUACGAUGGCCAGAGUGGGGGUCAAGUGCUUCACACCUUGGAGAAUAUGCACGCGGCCCCUGUGGUCGCCAUGUGCUUCAAUGUGGCAAUGGAGACGGUCAUAUCGGUGGAUCGUAGGGGCAUAUUGGAGUACUGGCAAACCCCAAAGUACGAUUACAGAUUUCCCCAAAAGCUGGUGAAUUUCGACUCCAAACUGGACACCAGCCUCUUUGAGUUUGCCAAACAAAAGACCCAAGUCACCGGUCUGGCAGCCUCCCCGGACGGCAAGCGUUUCGCUGCCAUCUCCACAGAUCGCAAGGUGCGCGUAUUUCAGUUCAACACGGGAAAGAUGAUCAGAGUGUUUGACGAGGCGCUCUCCACGUACACGCAACUGCAGCAGACGCCGCACGCAUUGCCGAACAUGGAGUUUGGCCGAAGAAUGGCUGCCGAACGCGACCUGGAGAAGACGGCACAAAAUACGACACUUAACAUUCUCUUCGAUAGUACUGGAAACUUUUUGCUGUAUCCAACCAUGCUGGGCAUAAAGGUGAUAAAUGUGGUAACGAAUCGCUGCGUCACAAUUCUCGGCAAGACGGACAACAUACGUCCCUUGCAGGUGGCCCUGUUCCAAGGCAGGGUAAAGCGACAGAAGGCUGCAAUAACGCUCGAACAGGAGGCGAGCGAGAAUCCAGCGUUGCACAACUACUUUAAUGAUCCAACCGCCUUUUGCACCGGCUACAAGAAAAAUCGCUUUUACUUGUACAGUCGAAGGCUGCCCUCAGAUCUCCAGGAUGUUGAUCGUGAUAUAUUCAAUGAGAAGCCAUCGAAAGAAGACAUUAUUGCAGUGCCCGAGGCCACAGACGAAGUCGUGCAACGUAUCUACGAGAACGUGGUGCUACACACCACCAAGGGGGACGUGCACAUAAAGCUGUUCUUCAAGGAGGUGCCAAAGACAAUCGAAAACUUUUGUGUUCAUGCGAAAAAUGGGUACUACAACGGGCACAUAUUCCAUCGUGUCAUCAAGGGAUUCAUGGUGCAAACGGGUGAUCCGACGGGCACUGGAACUGGCGGUAAGUCAAUCUGGGGACACGAUUUCAAGGAUGAGUUCGUACCAAGCCUAAAGCAUGAUCGCCCCUAUACGGUUAGUAUGGCUAACGCUGGCCCCAACACAAAUGGUAGCCAAUUCUUUAUAACAGUCCUGCCAACUCCUUGGCUGGACAACAAGCACACUGUUUUUGGUCGCGUUUAUCGUGGCAUGGAAGUCGUACUCAAUAUUUGCAACACAAAAGCGAAUCCCAAGACGGACAAACCGUACGAUGACAUUAAAAUAAUAUCAAUACACUUGAGUAAUUAAGCAGAAUUGUAAAUAAUAAAUAUGUGUGAGUGUUUGUACCUCAAAA